GCACCUUCCUUGGUGGUUCGCAAGGUUUAGCUGAAGCUCGACAACUAUGUGAAUUGAAAUUCGAUUUUCGUCUCAAUAAUAGUUCUCGAUAAAAAUACAGACGAGAUUGUUGCAGGGGACGAGCUGGACGUUUGCAUGAAGAACGCCAACGGCAAGGUUUCGAAUUUCAAGCCCGCUUUUUAAUCAAGAGCUCAUAGAAUUUUGAAUGGCAGGGAGCUCUUGUUAUUUUCAACGUGGGUUAUCACGCUUAUACAUCUGUUUGAAUUCGAAGACUUUGACGAAGGAAAAUUAUGUGGAUUUUGGCAAGCCGAGAGCUUCUGUGGAACGGCUUUGCCACUAUUGGGGUUCGUGUCAGGUGGGAUAUCAAAAGAGUUUGCGGCCAUGAAUGAACUUUCACAAAGGAGUUUGGAAAGUCCUAAGUUGUUGCUGUUGGGAGAUGGUAGAUUGAUAGCGAUAUUUCUCGACUAG